AUGGCAGGCCACAGACGUGGUAGCAAUGGCAGCCCAAUUUGCCCUCCUGGGUAUGAAGUUUCCGACAGCCGCGGUUCGGGCGUACCUACUCCCCCUAGUCCAGCCACAACCAACGGAGGUGGCCCACGUACCCCGCCCCGCCCCCUCCGACGCCACAAGUCUCCCUCGACGGAGGCGCUCAAGAUGACACGAGUUCCCGGCGGCAAAUGGUGGCACUGGCGAAACCCUAACUGGAACGACGAAUCAGCCUACGAGUUCGUCGAUCCUGCCGAUCCCCCUCCUUUCCAGAGGGUCGAUGGCCAGCAACAGCGCGAAUUCUCGCCAACGUUCACCGAAGUCUCCACCGUUCUCUGCGAUGAGGAUGGCCGCACCAUCCUCGGCGGCUCCUACUCUCAAAUCUCGUCCGAACGCUUGGUCGAAGAGUCCCUCCAUCCUUCGUUCUCGUUCUCCGAGUCAUCAUUUACAUCUAACGCCUCCAUCGAAACGAUUGGCAUGCCAGAACAAGGUCGAGCACAGCAAGGGAGUCAAGCACUAGGGUCAAGCAGCAACGGUGCUGUUUUGUUUCCUCCAACACCACCAGAGAGCGAUAUGCAUUCGGACGAUGGAUCUACCUGGGGCAGGCGACUUCGACGACAAACCCAGAACCGCAAGUCAACUCUGGCAGUCUUCGAAGCCAGUCCAUCCGAGGUCCCUGAGAUUCAACAAGCCGCCAGGCGACUUGGUCUCUAUGCUGCGCCUCUCACUGGAAUGACCACACAGGGCUCGGUGAAUGACCCCGACUUCAAAGCCACCGUCGUCGUUGGCAGCAAGCGGCAGUGGGUGGACAAUCUCACUGGUGACAAAACUGUGUCCAACAUGCCUGGUGCUUUGCCUGCCGUCGGAGCGGCUCCUACCGUCUCGUUCUUGCACCUCAUUUUCGCCAGCAUCCUUGGAGGGUGUGUCGUCGUCCUGGGAUUGUCAUACAUUCCCGGCGCUGCCUCGGCGGCAACUCAUUUGUAG